AUGCUGGACCUCAUUGUUCUGAGCCUCCACUUCUUCAUCUGCUUUCUCAUCUCCGUGGCCAUCUGGCGGGGGCCCAAGGAUGUGGAUUUGCCCAGCUCAAGUACAGGCACAGUUGAAGAGGAGCCAGAUGGUCUUAUAUUAAUUGGCAAAGAAGAUGACAUAAAGAAAUCCCAAAGGAUUACAGCCAAAGUCAAUGGCAGAGAAAUUGUUGUUUUCUACCAUGAAGGGAAAUUUCAUGCUUUGGACUCUCGCUGCUACCAUGAAGGAGGCCCUUUGCGUCUUGGAGAAAUAGAGGAUAUUGAUGGCCAAGCAUGUAUCGUUUGUCCUUGGCAUAAGUAUAAAAUCACUUUGGAAACAGGAGAAGGAUUGUAUGAAGGAAUAAACCCUCUGGAGCCAACACCAACGCCACAGUGGCAAUCAAAAGGAGUGAAACAGAGGAUUCAUAAAGUCACAAUAGACAAUGGAAACGUUUAUGUGAGUCCUCCAGAUCUGUCUGUAAGCUUUGACUCCGAUUAUUUUGCUGAGAAGUACAAAAAUAGUGGUGAUUUAUCCAUGGAAAAACAAAGCAACUCACAAGCAGCAGAGUAAGGCAUGGCCAGAAGGCAGAAUCUGGGUGAAUGCCGCAACAAAGAACCAUUGCCGUGAAAUAGAAAUGUA